AUGACAAUCAACCUCUUCCAGAUGCUACCAGGAUGGAACAAGGCGAUUUUCCCAUUAGUGUUUGGAUACCUGAUAUGUUUUCGGAUAUGGCACGACUGCGCGCAAACUCAUGGAAUCUUGAUGCAAAUGGCCCUGAGAGUGAUCUCAUUGACGGUGGAUCUCCAGAACAGAGCUUGCGGUUCUCAAGCUAAGAUCAACGGAGAUAGCUGCGUACAUUGUUCCCUGGCCAGAUCGCCCACACUGAAAGCUCUCGGAUAUCUUUGGUGCUACGUGGGUUUGUUACUGACUCCGGCCAUUCGGUUCAACACGUACGAGCACUUCAUUGAGGGUCGAUUCGAAGCCCCACAUAAAAGACGGAAAGAGUUGUUCCUGGAACUGAUUGAAAUAGUCGCAGCCGUGGUACCGAUCGCCUUGAUGACGUACUUCCUGGUGCCCGCGAACUAUUCGCAAUCCUCCGAUUUCUUGGCUCAAAGUUUUUGGUUCAAGCUCCUCUACAUCGCCGCCAUGAGUUUCAGUUUCCGAUGUCGGCUUCAGGUCGGCAUUAUGCUGGGCGAGGCAUCCGCAAUCGCCCUUGGUCUGGGAGUAUACCCGGGGAACAUGGAUUGCGCGCCCGAAUCCGGGCCGUACAGAGUAGGACAGAAUUUUCCCUCCGAUGUGAAUACCGCAACCGUUUUCGGUGUUAGGCCAUCGGUUGAACUAGAGGUGACCCUUCGCGAUUUCGUCAUCAAAUGGAACCGUACCGUUCAGUGCUGGCUGGUACGCUGCUUCUACAAGCAAUUCUCGGGACCGAGAACGGUCCGUCUACUGUAUGUUUUCCUUCUGAGCGGUUUCUGGCACGGAAACGGCAUCGGCCACUGGCUUUUCUUCGUGCAGGUGGCUAUAUACAUUUUGGUCGGAGAAGCGGGCUUCACCGGGAGUACGAAAUCGGUUCCGUACUUGAUCAAGCUGCUCAUACACAACAUAGCAUUCGGAUACUGGCAUCUACCCUACCUGAUUUUAGAUACAUCGAAAACCUGGCAAAUAUAUUCGUCUUUGUACUUUUGUGGGCACGUCCUGAUUUUGAUUUCGAUAGCAGCCAAGUCUUGUCGUGGAUAUUUACAUCCAGAAUUGUAA